AUGAGGAGCAUCUCUCGGUCGGAUAAGAACGGAAGCAGGCGUGCGAAAAGAGCAUCGCUGAAGUAUCGGGAACCCUUGAGUAAGCGUCAGGAAGUGUUGAUGCUUCCUCCUCUCGCGCAGCAGCCGCCAUCGUGGGAAUCAUCGGUCGUAUGUGUCGGAAAUCUUAGCCAGCAGCAGCCAACUCCAAGCAUCUGUUCUCGAUUGAAAAAGGGAACGUGGACAGAUGAAGAAGAUAGAACUCUAGUUGAUUACAUUUGUAAGCAUGGGGAAGUGAACUGGAACACCGUUGAGAAAGAAUCUGGACUCAAUCUCUGCAUGAAAUCAUCGUGUAGGUUAUGCUGGAUAAAUCAUUUAAGACCUGAUUUGAAGAAAGGUCCGAUAACAGCCGCCGAUGAAAUAGAGACGAUUGUUCGUCUUCAUGCCAGUAUUGCAAAUAAAUGGUCACGCAUAGCUGAAGAGGUAACAUAA